AUGCUCCCAUCAUUUAACUUUGAUCCGUUUAGUAAACAAAUAAAUUGUGGUUUUUGCAUAAAAAACGAUGGUGAAUUAUUAAUUUGCAAUCGCCCUCGCCAAAUUAUUUCUUUACAUCUGUCAUCGCCUUCAUAUAAUCCAAACUCCCGUCAUUCUAUUCUUGAAUGUGAAUGUUGUUACAGUGACAAAUCAAAAAAUCAAAAACAAGAUAAUGUAGAUGAACAACCUGUGACGUCGCCUUUGCUAAUAAUGUAUUUUACUAUACCUCCAAUAACAAAGAGAAUAGGUGAUGUCAGUUGGAAAAACAAUUAUCAUACUAUAUCGGAUUCCAAUAAUAACGAUAAUAUACUUGACCCAGUAGAUUCGAUUUUAAAUAAGGUUAACACAAAAACUGCUCGAUAUACCAAAUUAUCCCGUUUUGACCAUACUGACUCGUUCAAUUCACAAAAAAAUACUGGCCUACAAAAAGACAAUAUUAUAUUAGAUAAUUUACAUACAUCUACAUCAUCGGCGAUUGAAGAUCCUUUAAAAAAUGAUGAAAUUACACUGUGUACUAUCGCAAGAAAUGGAAUAUUUAAUAACUUGGAUAACUUUCACGAUCUUGUAACUUUUGAUUUUUUUGAAAGAAAUUUAAACAACUUGGCUAGAUUUGGGUUUGUUGAAUAUCGAAUAGGUUUGCAAAUUAAUAAAAAGAUUAUUUGUAUAUCACAUGAUUGUACCAAUCAACAAUUAACAU